CCGAGUCUUGGCGGAGCGGGCGGGCAUUCCGUGCUCCGGCGGACAUCACACACCAAGCAUGAAGCCGGCCUCACUCCUGGUGGGGUGCCUGCUGCUGGCAGCAGCAUGGGCAGCCCCAGCCGACCCCGCAGCGGCGGCCACGGCGGUCGCUGAGACCAAGAAGCAGGAGGUGCAGGUGCAGGCCCAACCCGGAGACGCGGUCACUCGCGCCAAAAAGAGUUUGGACUACGGCGGCGGCUGGGAACAGAGCAGCGGCGGCGGCGGCUAUGGCGGCGGCGGCGACGUCGGCGGCUACGGCGGCGGUGACGGCGGCGGAUACGGUGGCGGCGGCGACGUCGGCGGCUACGGCGGCGGCGACGACCACCACGACCACCACCACCACGAGCCGCAGGUAGAGUGCCACAAGAAGCUCGCCUGGAAGACCGAGUACAAGCAGAUCUGGAGGACCGAGAAGAAGCAGAUCUGGAGGACCGAGAAGAAGCAAAUCUGGAGGACCGAGAAGAAGCAGAUCUGGCGCACUGAGAAGAAGCAAAUCUGGAGGACCGAAAAGAAGCAAAUCUGGCGCACGGAGAAGAAGCAGAUCUGGCGCACGGAGAAGAAACAGAUCUGGCGCACGGAGAAGAAACAGAUCUGGAGGACCGAGUGGAAGAAAAUCUCAGUCCCAGUCUGGAAGGAAAUCCAGGUCCCCGCAUGGAAAGAGAUUCAGGUCCCUGACUGGAAGGAGAUCAAGGUCCCUGACUGGAAGACCAUCCAAGUGCCCGUCUGGAAGGAAAUUCAAGUCCCUGCCUGGAAGGAAAUCAAGGUUCCCGACUGGAAGACCAUCCAAGUGCCCAUCUGGAAGGAAAUCCAAGUGCCAAUCUGGAAGGAGAUUCAAGUUCCUGACUGGAAGAAGAUCUGGGUGCCAGUCUGGGAAAAGUACUGGGUGGAAGAGCCCGUUCACGACCAUCACGAUGACUGGGAUCCUCAUGGUCAUGAUCAUGAUCACCAUCACACUAAGAAGGUCUGGAAGAAGAAGUUGGUCUGGAAGCCCGAAUGGAAGAAGAUCUGGAGGACUGAGAAGAAACAAGAAUGGAUAACCCAGAAGAAACAGGCCUGGAAGGAAGAACAGAUCCAGAUUUGGAGGAAGGAGAAGAAACAGAUCUGGAUCUCAAAGAAGGUUCAGGAGUUCAAGGAAGAGAAGAUCCAAAUCUGGAGGACGGAGAAGAAGCAGAUCUGGAGGACGGAGAAGAAGCAAAUCUGGGUGCCUAAGAAGGUCCUGGAAUGGAAGACUGAAUGGAAAUCUCAACAGGUUCCGGACUGGAAGGAAAUCCAGGUUCCCGACUGGAAGGAAAUCCAGGUUCCAGACUGGAAGGAGAUCCAGGUCCCCGACUGGAAGGAGAUUCAGGUCCCUGACUGGAAGGAGAUCCAGGUUCCCGACUGGAAGGAGAUCCAGGUCCCCGACUGGAAGGAGAUCCAAGUUCCUGACUGGAAAGAGAUCCAGGUCCCUGACUGGAAGAAAAUCCAGGUGCCAGUCUGGGAGAAGGUGUGCCACGAAAAGCACGAAGAGCACCACGAACACCACGGGUGGGACUGAAUAUUACCAAACACCAUCGCCAUUUGCUCAUCUCACUCAUCUAGUUCGUAAGGCCCCUCCCCCAAGUCAUUGACGGCAAGACCCGCCGUCGCCACGCCCAUGUAUAUACCCCCUUCCCCUUCCCUCACCCUGUCCCUCUACGACUUGACCAAAGUACAAAGUUAUCGCCCGCGAGUAGUCUAGUGCGAGGGCUUGGCGUGUAUUUUACAUGUUGACGAAUGUGAUGUCUAUGUGUACUGCACACCUCUUUUUUAUGUAUAUUAAAUCUGUUUUAUAAAAAAAUGAAAAUAUU